AACAACAAACAAACAAACAUCGCUGAAACACUUGACUAUGAUUUAACACGUUUUCCCUCAUUGAAGUACAGAAAAUUAACAGAUACUUAUACAGUGAAACCCUCUUAAACUUGACUGUGUUAGUCUGGAAGUCACUAACUGUAGCAGGCCAACCAAUGAAACCCAAUCAAACAAAAAUGUAUACAGAAUACCCUGUGUAAAAAAGUAAGUAUUGCUGAUGGGAAAAACAACAACCUAAAUAUGUUUUUGCAAUGGCCCCAACAUCUCGAAGGCAAAACUAUUGAAAAUUAGAUCUAUACAAUUUCCCGACUACAGUACUGUUCACAGACAGAUGUACGCAACAGAACAAGACAGACAGGUCACAACAGAACACGUUUCAUUAAAAUUGGAAGUUGUCUCGGGUGAUUGGUAUGUAGAUCUAGGUCUGUGUCCGUUGCUUAUACAGUCGCUAAUACACAAGUCUCUGUAAAUAACGAAUCAAUUUAUGAGAACACCCCAGCCCCCUCCACACACUCACUCACACACACACAUUUUUCUUGCUUAAAAAUCUUAGAAAAGCUACUUGAUUGUAACCUGCGCAGUAUAAAGCAAGUUGAAAAAAUGUAUAUUUUUAUUCAUUUUGACAGCUGCAUGAUGCAAUAACGAGAAUUUAGAGUUACCCACCUUAGUUAAUGUUUACAGUAGGUGGCGCUUUGUCGUAACCUUUUGGUUCAUGGGGUGAAGGUCAUCAGCUGCAACGUGCUUGUUUUGUAACCGGUAGUCUAAGAUGAACGGAGUGACAAAUUUGAUGUCAAGAUACCUGAGAUAAACUCUCCGGCAUAUUAUGCACUUAGGAUCUUAUCUAAUCACCAGCUUAUGCUACUCAAUGACAAAUCAUGAACAGUUUCUCUGCAUUUUUCUUUGACCUCUGUGAAUCUGAAUGCUGACUGACAACACACGCUGACAUGAAGAAAUAAACACAAGACUUGCAGUAGAUCUUUUGGUCUGUGGAUAUCAAAGCAACGUAAGAUGUCGAGGAUAAGUAGUGAUCUAGCUGGAUUUAUUCGAGGGUUGGAGUUCAUCACCCGGGCUCUGGUUGAACACCAGGGGAAGGCGUGCCAGAGAGUGUGGACCAACUCCAGCAUCAGGACCGCAGCACAAGAUGCAGGCAUAAAUGUUGAAGAUGUGGUCAGUUCAGCCAUGGUGGCGCCUGAAGAGGCUCAGAGGAACAUCAAGAAAACAAUUUCCAAGUUUUCGGGAUCUGCUGCAAAUGUUGUGGAGACCGUGAAAGCUCAAACAUCAACAGUGAUGGAGAGAGUCCGUGGCCGUGAUCCUCCUCCCAAGACAACGUCUACCUCAGAUCUUUCAGCAAGUGAUUCCAGUUUGUCUGAAGAUUUCAUCAUCCAGUCUGCAGCGACUGAGGACCUCGACUUCUCAACACAGACGGCCCACAAAGAUGGCAGCAGUGACAGCGUCUCCACAGAUGCUGCAGAAAAUCCUGAUCAGCGCCGUCCACAGUCUGUUGCCAAGGACACUAUUCCAGGGAAAUCGGAUACCCAAGAUCUCAAACAAACGCCUACAACGGUUAAACCACCUUCCAAAGUGCAAUUUUCACAUGUACAAAACCCACAGCAGCAGUUGAGUGCCCGAGCAAGGGAGCGGCGAGUCCCAGCAUCCCGAGUCAGCAGAUUGUUCAGCUAUGGAGGUUUGGCAGCUGGUCUUGGGGCCGGAGCCAUAGCCGAGGUCGCACGGAGGUCACUGGGCAUCAUGGAUGACAAUGCUGCCAAAGGUCAAGGUAUUUUGGACUCAAGCCCCUUCCUGACCGAGGCUAAUGCGGAGAGGAUCGUCAAUACACUGUGUCGCGUGCGGGGAGCAGCGCUGAAGCUUGGCCAGAUGCUCAGCAUUCAAGACAAUUCCUUCAUUAAUCCACAGUUACAGAAGAUUUUUGAGAGAGUUCGGCAAAGUGCAGAUUUCAUGCCUUCAUCCCAGAUGCGGCGGGCAUUGACAAAACAACUGGGAUCUGAUUGGAGAAGUAAAUUGGAGACGUUUGAUGAGAAGCCAUUCGCUGCGGCUUCCAUUGGCCAGGUGCACAGAGGAACACUGCUAGAUGGACGUCAGAUAGCCAUGAAAAUACAGUACCCGGGUGUGGCCAAGAGCAUCGACAGUGACAUCAACAACCUGAUGGCGAUGUUACGAGUUGGCAACCUGCUACCUGAAGGGAUGUACGUGGAGAAUGUGAUGACUGUAGCCAGGAGGGAGCUGGCGUGGGAGGUCGACUAUAACAGGGAGGCCAAAUGCAGCAAUAGAUUCAGAAACUUGUUGAAAGACCACCCAGAAUUCCACAUUCCUGAGGUGAUAGAGGAAUUAACAGCAUCCCAGGUUUUGACCACCGAGUUUGUGGAGGGCAUGCCGCUUGACCAGUGCGUCGAUCUGGACCAGGAGACUCGAGACAAGCUGGGGGAAAGUGUGUUGAAGCUGUGCCUGCUGGAGCUGUUUGUGUUCCGGUUCAUGCAGACGGAUCCCAACUGGUCCAACUUCUUCUACAACCCAUCAACUGGCAAGCUGGUACUUCUGGACUUUGGAGCAAGCCGAGAAUUUGACAAGUCGUUUGUAGACAAGUACAUCAAAGUGAUAAAGGCGGCUUCUGUCGGAGAUCGAGACACAAUUCUUUCUGGUUCCAUUGAUAUGGGUUUCCUCACAGGCUAUGAGACAAAGGUGAUGAUGGAUGCUCACGUGGAUGCCGUAACAAUUCUUGGUGAGGCAUUUGCAACAGCGCAUACGUUUGACUUCAGCAUGCAGAGCACCACCCACAGGAUCCAGAACCUGGUCCCGGUGAUGCUGAAGCACAGGCUGACCCCGCCCCCCGAGGAGACCUACUCCCUGCACAGGAAGAUGUCUGGCGCCUUCCUCCUGUGCACCAAGUUGAGGUGUAAAGUCCGGUGUCGGUCUCUGUUUGAUCAGAUCUGGAGGGACUAUAAGUUUGGUGAUGUGGACAGCUUGUUGUGAUAGCAGACAUGAAUGAGUGAGUGAGUGAGUAUGGUUUUGCACCACUUUGGGCAAUAUUCCAGCAAUAUCUUGGUGGGAGACUCCAGAAAUGGGCUUCACACAUUGUAUCGGUAUUGGAAAUGGAACCCAGGUUUUCUGUGUGAUGAGUUAACACUUUAACCACAAGGCUACCUCACCAGCCUUCUGACUAGAUAUACUGUAAAUCUUGAAAUUAACACGAGCGUGAAUUAAAUGCGAAAAAUGUGAGUGAUCUUUGCUCGCAUUAAUAAACAUCACAUUUAUAUCAACAGUAAGACAUUUUGGGUAGCAAAAAUACCAACUUAGACUUACGCUGAUGUAUUCCACACCACUGUUUAUUGAGCAGCACUUGUAUAUAAAGUAUGUAAACAAUGUCAUUCAAACACUAAUUACAUCCUGUUAAUUGUCACUGCUGGGUUCAAGACAAGAGUUCUACUCACUCAUGUCAUCACUGAUCACACCUGCAAGUCCAGACAGACGCCACCCUUUGUUCUUUGCGACUGCGUCAAAGGCCGACACGAGCCAGCGCGCAUGUAUUAUUUUUGCGGAAGUACUUUACUCAGCGAUAAUAAGCGGUGCUAUUUGGUGUGUGAUUGGAUUAAUGUAAGGUUGGAUUAAGGUGAGGAUUCUAAACCUGACUGAGGACAUCUUUAGAUUGAAAUCCACUGAUGCUUGAGAAGAGGGGGUGUCACAUUCAUAUUGAGUCGCAUUUUUGGCUAGGGUCCAGUGGUCGCAUUCUUUUGGAGACACAUUAAUUUCACGAUUUACAGUAUAUAUAUAUAUUGUUUGUGUUUAUAAAAACCUAUUUUGAGGCAAGUGUUUUCAUACUGUAACGUGUUGUACUACUGUAGUGGAAUCUGUCAAAAUUGGACAAAUCUCGGUCAGUACCCAGACAAAUUUAUUUUGAUGAUAUAUCAAGUUGAGUCUGGCUAGUCUUGACUGACACUGUGAGGGAUGUAAUACUUGCUGGAAUAUAUUUCUAAUUCAGACUGAAAUAUCAGCUCCACACAAAUUUGUUUUAGACAGAUUCCAAUUUAUCAUGGGUCGUUGUCAAUGAGUCUGUUUUAAUACCAUGUGAUGAAUCAACACUAUUAUUCAGUGUUCAUCUGUUUAGAUUGAUGAUUUUGAUGGCAUUAAAUUAAAAAAAAAAAUGUUUGAAAUAAA